AUGGUGUUUGGCGCUUGCCAGCUUCAGGAGAAGUGCCAGGAGAUGCGAAUCCAACUCUACACCACCUCAGCGGACUUGACGAAAACCGUCGAUACGGUGAAUCUCAAGGGACUGUGGAAAAUCAUGCAGAAGUUUGGCUGUCCCGAACGAUUCACGCACAUGGUACGUCCGCUCCACGACGGGAUGUUGGCGCGCGUCACGGACAACGGCGCUAUCUCCGAGGCAGCCGCAGUGGCCAAUGGAAUGAAACAGGGCUGUGCACUCGUUCCCACCCUUUUUAGUCUCAUAUUCUCUGUCAUGCUGAUGGACACCUAUCGUGAUGAGUGGCUCGGGACACGCAUCGACCACAGGACCGAUGGGCACCUUCUCGAUAACCGGCAAAUGAAGGCUCCGACGCCUCUCUCCACAGCUAAUGUCCAUGAUCUGCUCAUUGCCAACGUCUGCGCACUCAAUAAUACGACCAAAGAAGGCACGCAACGAAGCAUGGACUUCCUCGCCGCCGGGUGUGCCUACUUCGGAUUGACCAUCAGUACGAACAAAAUGGUGGUCAUGCAAAUACAUCACCCAACAUGCAGCACUUCACUCCUCCUCGAAUCACUGUGGACGGCUACAAACUCAAAAUCGUAG